AGUCGUCUCCAUCAUCCUGCAUCCAUUAAUAUUCUCUCUAUAUCUGGUCAUGGGUUUCAGCGUUUUUCAAACUUCCCGUCAUGCCCGCGCUCAAAAGCUACCCGUCCGUUGAUUAUAAUUUAUAAUAAACCCUAUUCUUUUCAUUUCAAAUAUUAAACAAAUUCAUAAAAACCCUGCGAGAGAGAGAGAGAGAGAGAGAGAGAGAGGGACUUUUAGAUAUCAUACAGGGACAAGAGAGAGGGAGACUCGGGCCGAUGAUGUUCAUCACUCAUCAUUCUCUUUUACCUCUCAAAGUUGCAAUUAAUCUCUACUAUGUUUGUUUGAUUAUAUUCUCUUGGAGUUAGAGGGUCUCCCGAGUACCUUUAAACCCCAUUUGUUCAGAUCUACGCUUCCAGAUUGUAUGUACAAACAGAUACCCUUUCUCGAAUAUCGAAAAAACAGGAUUGAAUGAAUUGCUCGCGAGCGCCUUGGUGGGUUCGAUUGUGGCAUAAAGAUCGAUGGGCUACGACGUAGAUCAGAGCUUCCAUUGCAAUUAACCCAUUACUCUCUCUCUCUCUCUCUCUCUCUCUCUCUCUGCGCUUAUGAUUAUCGGAUCAAAGCUGACUGAAAAGGUAGAAUCCAAGGCAAUUCGGUGUCGUAUCGGGGCUGUAGGGUGCUUGGGAGUUCACGAGCUGUGUUGGGUUUUUCUCUUAGGGCCGAACAGUGUCCAUCUGUAAAGAGAAAAGGAGAAUAGGGGUUCUUUUGCCUCACAUUUUUUAUAAAGGCUUUUGGUUUUAGCAUGCGAAUUGGCGUCGAAGAAAGAGAGGGGUGAACGAUGAAGGCGGAGGAUAUGAAGACGAAGCAGCUUGGGAAUGAAGGUGCCAAGCAAAAAGAGCGACACAUUGUUACGUGGAGUCAGCAGGAGGAUGAUAUUCUUCGGGAGCAAAUUGGCGUCCAUGGAACUGAAAACUGGACGAUUAUUGCUUCCAAAUUCAAGGAUAAAACUACAAGACAGUGCAGAAGAAGAUGGUACACUUACUUGAAUUCUGAUUUCAAGAAAGGGGGAUGGUCUCCGGAGGAAGACAUGCUCUUGUGCGAGGCUCAGAAAAUUUUUGGCAACAGAUGGACUGAAAUAGCAAAGGUGGUUUCUGGCAGAACUGAUAAUGCUGUAAAAAAUCGGUUCUCCACCCUGUGCAAGAAGAGAGCUAAACAUGAAGCCUUAUCAAAAGAGAACAACACUUUGUACAUCAACCAAAAUAACAAGAGGGUAUUAUUUCAAAAUGGGUAUAAUACAGAUGGACCAUUAGAAGGUGCAGCAACUCUGAAAAAGAUGAGGCGGUUCCACAUCCCUGAUCUCGCAGAAAAUUACAAUCGCAAAGAAAAAUCACUUGGCGAAUGUGGAACAACUGUGCAUCAGCAACUAAGACACCCAUUUGCAGUUUUGGUUCAGAACUUCCACAAUGUCAGCAACUUGGCAAUUCAGCAUCAUGCCAGCAAUGUCAAGGAGGCCUCAAAUGAUGCAGCUCAGAGUAACAAGUUUCGAGGAACAUUUCUGAAGAAGGAUGAUCCAAAGAUAACUGCUUUGAUGCAACAAGCAGAAUUACUCAGCUCUCUUGCAGUAAAAGUUAAUGCGGAGAACACGGAUCAGAGUCUUGAAAAUGCUUGGAAGGCUCUCCAAGAUUUCCUCAACCAAAGCAAAGAAAGUGAUAUGCUCAGAUUUAAGUUUUCUGGUAUGGAUUUUCAACUCGAAGAUUUCAAAGACUUGGUAGAUGACCUGAGGAGUAGCGAGGAAGGAAGUCGUCCAUCCUGGAGGCAACCUGAUUUAUAUGAGUCUCCAGGGAGCUCCGAAUACAGUACAGGAUCUACUCUCCUGUCCCAAACAACAGGAGAUAAAACAGAACAAACUCAAGCUGAGGUUUGUGGAAUGCAUCAGGAUAUUGGAAUUCAGCUACAAUCAGUUAAUUCAGAAGAACGAAAUGGUGGUAAUGAUUGCAGAAAUGGAAUUAUUUCUGGUGCAACAACAAAUGAAGCAGAUAUCUUUUUGUCCUGUGAUGAACUGAAAAACAAUGGAGUUGCUUCAGCCUUAUCAAAUACAGAGUUCAGUUCGCCACUACAAGUAACUCCACUGUUCAGGUCCUUAGCAGCGGGGAUUCCCAGCCCCAAGUUUUCAGAAAGUGAGAGGCACUUCCUACUCAAAACACUUGGAAUGGAAUCCCCAUCUCUAAACCCAAGCAAUCAUCCUUCGCAAACACCACCCUGCAAAAGAGCACUCCUCCAUAGUCUAUAAGCAACAUCUCUGAUCCAUCUCACAUAAGAGAUUAUGCUGGGUCCACAACCAUCAUGAUCUUAUUUUACUUAAGCAAUUUAGAUACAUAUAUAUUUUUCCCCUUUUGAGUUCAGUUUCCGGGAUCGCAGCCAUGCUGACCUUAUUUUUACAGAAGAAGAUCUGCAUUACAGUGAUCCAGAAUGUCAUGGUGCAUUCGCCAACAGAUCUAACAACAAGCUCUGUGUUCUUUUUUUCUACAUGAAUUACUAGACCUAAUAUGCACUAAAACUCCGGUGUGCUCGUGAAAGUGUGUCAUUCUUUUGUUUCACUUCUCAUGGGAAUCGGUUUCUCAUGGGAUUUGGUUUUGGGUAUUCUCUUCCCCACAGUUUUUUUGGUUUUGAUUUGUCAUUGUACAGAACCUGCAGUAUAUCCCUAGUUUUACAGAGUGUAACUAUAUAUAUCGGCACCUCGCCUAUAUUCCCUAGAUAAGAACAAGAAGGAAAGGGAAAAAAAAAAAAGGAUCAACCAGUUGAAUUGGAUUCCUACUUGUUGAUUUCGGUGUGCAUAGAGUAUAGAAUAAGUUUUCUUGGGUUUUUAGCUUUUCUAUUCAAACUGUCAUGUACUAUUUAACAUUUUGAUGAUUGGAGUGGAAAAUGGUUUUGGUUUGCA